CCUACAAACCAGUAACAUGGACAUGCUCUUUCUCGUCUUAUUAACACUGGAGCGUUUUUAUGCAUUAAGUGGUUUUCUGAUCGCACACACUAAUAAAGGGGUAUGUCUGAGCACACACAAGAGUAUGGUGGUCCUGAGGAAGUGUGAUGAGAGUGACCCGUCUCAGCAGUGGAUCUGGACCAGCAGCAUGAGACUCAAUCACACACUUAUGUCCAGAUGUCUGUGGGUCAAUCAGAGCACCAACAUCCCGCACCACACUCGCCUGGUCAAACUCAGGGACUGCGAUACUGCACCGGCAUGGAAGUGCUACAACCACCGAGGGAUCUUUGGAUUGGCAGAGAUGCCGAUGUUCCUGAAAAAACAGGGUGAACGGGCUGUUGUCUGCUUUGAGCAAAGGAAUUCAAACUGGUCCAUGAUCACGAUGGACUCUGAGGGGAGACCGGUGUCCAAGUCUCUCUGCCCUGCCACAGGCCCGUCCACAGUUUCAACAAUGACACAGUUUCCAAUGAAACAGGUUUCCGUUUUUUCCACAGGGGAAAUGACCACGCUAACAGUCCCUGCCAUUAUUCAAAGCAGAGCGGUGACCCACCACAGUAACACAGUCAGAAGCAGAACUAAACGCACUGCUACCACUGCUCUUGGUGAUCUGAUAACAUUUACUGCCAAAACAGACUUUAAGGAGAACUACACUCAAACGCUUGAGACAGAAUCACCCUACGAGAUGAGUGAUGUUACAGAUGUGUCCUCCACCGCUUUGAUGGUAACGGGAACUCCUCAUGUACCUCAGAAUUUCACCCAGAAUAGAGUUGACAUGACAGAGAUGACCUCAGAUGUUAUGGAGCAGACCCAUUACCCUCUGACUUCUCAGACAGAGUUAACUAUCUCCACAACAGACGCUGAGCCUUCAGGUUCUUCUAAUGUGAGCACUGAAACUCAGACCACUUUAGACUUUCAUACAGGACCGUCUGAAGCUAACAGCAGUGAUGUAGAUCCUACACUGACUGAGAGUUCAACCAGUAGUGUCCCAGUGUCAAACACAGAUGGGGCAUGGACAAAUGCCACAACCAAAAGCUCAACCACGACAAAGAUCAUCAAAGAUGUUCAGACUAUGUUGCCAUUUAAAACCAGAACGACCCGAGCAAUUACUGAAGUGCUUCCUAAUACAGAUACUAGAGCUACUCCAAAUACAGCCACCAGUUCUGCUAAAACUAGAGCAAGUGCAACAACCACCCUUACAGCCCCGUACACAUCUACACCUGCCCCGGACACAGACGCGUUCACAUCAGCUACUUACACAACUACUGUGGCUCCAGCUACAACUGUAGAAACAACCACAACCACCAUCACCACCACUGCUGCUCCGAGCACAAGAACCUCGCCUCCACCAUCUACCGUCACUCCUACCAUUGCUUCCACAGCAAAGUUUACAACGACGGAGGCUGUCAGGUGUCUGGUGAAUGUGACUGCAGAGAGUAUUAAUAUGGAUUAUUGUGUGUUUAAUUUCACAACACCUGGAAAAUCCUGUAGCUUCAUUAUGAAUGAUACUUCUCACUUCACAAGAUGUUCUGAAGAUAUCAAGCGUCCCAACCAUUAUACAUGCCUGAUGAUGGGUUUGACUCCCGGUGCUACCUAUUUGUUUGGAAUAAUGUCUGAGAUAGAUGGCAUACACUUAAACGUUACAGUUCAAACUGCUCCUGCUCCCGUCACAUCAUUGACUCUCCAGAGCAACGGCAGUCAGGACUCUCUUAAAGCCGCCUGGAUUCCUGCUGUCGGAUACGUGGAUUCCUACGAGCUCUCUCUGUCACCCUCCAUCUCUUCAGAACGGGACCUUACCCUACCUCCAAAUACAACUCAUUGGGUUUUGAGAGGCUUGACACCUGGAAAAACUUAUCAAGUUUUAGUGAAGACGAAGAGAGGAGAACUAACAGCUGAGACCAGGACAAUAGGGAGAACAGCACCAGGAUGGGCGGCUCAUCUCAAGCUGGAGGCCCUUAAUGAGAAGACCCUGCGCUUGUCCUGGUCUCCUCCUGAUGGCGACUGGGAUUUCUACCGUAUCCUGCUGUUCAAUGGCUCUUCUGUGCUGAUGAACCGGACGGUUGAAAGGAAUCUUGUGGAGUUCAGCUUCACUAACUGGACUCUGAUUCCAGGCCGCCUGUACAGAGCUGCUGUGAGUGUGGAGAGCGGGUAUCUGAGCUCAACCGCAGGCUGCCACGGGAGACUAGCUCCCCGGUCCGUUCAGAGGCUGAAUGUCCGUCACAGUACAGAGACCUCGCUGAGUGCUGUAUGGAGCCGUCCUGUCGGCGAGUGGGACAACUACACCGUCCUGCUGAAGGAUGAAGACACGACUGUGGACACAUGGGCAUUAGUCCAUGAUGUGCAGGAAUGCAACUUUAAUAACCUGAUGCCUGGACACACCUAUACGAUCACCGUGACGACCAAUAGUGGAGAAGUUCGGAGUAGUUCGGCCCUCGUCACAGGAAGAACCAUCCCUGCGCAGGUCACCCAGCUGCGGGUCAGUAAUCAGGGCAGCACAGACGCUCUGCAGGUGCUCUGGGACGGGGCGGCCGGUGCGGUGGAUCUGUACCGCGUGCUCCUCAUCCACGACAGCGUGGUCAUGAAGAAUGAAAGUGUGCCGCCCAAUGUCACCUCCUACCACUUCCAGGGCCUGAGAUCCGGCGCUCUGUACAGGACAGUGGUGACCACAGUGCACAGGGGCGACCUCUCACGCCAGACGGUGGCUGAUGGGCGCACAGUUCCAGCCGCAGUGAGAGACGUGACGGUGAGCAACAACGGGCGCAUGGACUUCCUGAGCGUGUCCUGGAGAGCAGCAGAAGGAGACGUGGGCAGUUACUCCGUCACUCUGAGAGAUCAGGAGAGAACCCUUCACACCCUCACUGUGUCUAAGUUCAGUACAGAGUGUGUUUUUAAGUCUCUGGUGUCUGGACGUCUCUACAACAUCUCCAUCAGCACCCGCAGUGGAGAGUAUGAAAACCACACCGUGGUUCAGGAGCGCACACAACCUUCCACAGUGUUGAACCCUACAGCCACACACAUGGCUCGUGACAACCAUCUAAAGGUGUACUGGCGGCACGCAGCUGGAGACUUUGACUACUAUCAUGUCUCCAUCAAGCACAACAACAUGUUCCACCAGAACAAGACGGUCCCCAAGAGUCAGAACGAAUGUGUGUUCAGUGGGCUGGUACCAGGCAGACUCUACACUGUGAUUGUCAGCACAUGGAGCGGGAGAUAUGAGUCUAGUGUCUCAACUUAUGGAAGGACAUUGCCAGCAGGAGUGCAGAACCUGACGCUAGCUGACAGUGGCACAGAGGAUCUGCUGGUGACGUGGGUUUCUGCUCCCGGAGAUGUGGAUCAUUAUGAGGUUCAGCUGCUCUUUAAUGACAUGAAGGUGUUUCCACCGAUCACACUGACCAGCAGCACCAACAGAUACCUGCUCUCUUCACUCACUCCUGGAAGACUCUACAAAAUUGUGGUGUCCACCUUUAGUGGACCAAACCUCAGUGUGCAGUUUAUCAAAGGCAGAACAGUUCCCAGUAAAGUGAAGAACAUUCAUAUCAGUAAUGCCGGUCAGAGCAGCAGUCUUAGAGUGAACUGGACGCCUGGACAGGGCGAUGUGGACCGCUACGCUGUGUCACUGUCCCUGACGGGCGGUCAGGCAGAGGAGAAAUCAGUCCCUAAACAUGUGAAUGAGAUCAGUUUCCAGGGUCUAUUGCCAGGACAGCAGUACAUGAUAACCGUUACAUCAAUCAGCGGAUCUCUGAUCAAUAACAGCACAGCAAAAGGACGAACAGUUCCCUCCUCCGUGACUGCUCUACAGGUGGAGAACCAGCGCAGCACGUCUAGUCUGCUGGUGUCAUGGCAGGCGGGGCGAGGGGUGUAUGACAGCUAUCGGCUGCAGCUGCUGGAUGACAGAGGAACUCUGGUGUCUAAUAGCUCUCAAACUGCAGAAGCCAGCCAGCAUAACUUCAGACAGCUCACUCCAGGAAAAAAAUAUCGCGUCGUGAUUCAAACCAUCAGCGGAGGAAUCAGCAGCAAAGAUGUCAUUACUGAGGGCAGAACCAGUCCAGCGACUGUUAAUAACCUGUCCAUCUUAAGCAACACAACCACAAGCCUGUCGUUCCGCUGGGAUCUGCCAGACGGGAAGUUUGAUGGAUUUGAUGUUUUUCUGUAUACUAGAGAUGAAAGCUUGCAUGAUCAGAAAACGGGAAUGGUGAACAUGCAGGACUGUUCUUUCCAGAACCUUCAACCUGGGACGCUGUACAAGGUGGUUGUUCUGACCCGCAGUGGAGAUCAGACCAAUGACACAUCCAUCUGGGCCCGGACAGUUCCUGCAGCGGUGACAUUCUUGCGUGCCGAUAGUAGAAGAAGCUAUGAGAGUCUGUGGUUGAGCUGGAAACAGGCCGGGGCUGAAGUGAGCAGCUACACCCUCCUGAUCUACAACCCUGAUGGGACUCAACAAGCAGAGCAGAGCUUGGGCCCGGAGAGCAGAAGUUACACGUUUCAAAGGCUGGUGUCUGGACGACUUUACCAGGCUGUCGUCCUUACACACAGUGGAGAUCUGACCAACAGGGCAACUACUACCGGCAGGACGGACCCUAGGCCACCAGUCUCAUUCUCCUUUGGAGAAAUCACUAACACCUCACUGGAGAUCACCUGGAGCAGUCCAGAAAACACUGAUUAUGAUGACUUUGACCUUCAGUGGAGCCCCAGGGACCAUCUGUCUGUGUUCAACCCCUACCACAGCCCCACAUCUGGAAACCGUAUUCUGAAAGGCAUGUACCCUGGCCGUCAGUACAACAUCAGCCUGCGUACAGUCAGCGGUGCUGGAACCAACAACACUACCUACAGCUUUCCAGUCUACAGGAGCAUCAGGACAAAGCCGGAGCGUGUUCAGAGUCUGCACUGCCGUCCUCAGAACUCUACAGCCAUUUGCUGUUCCUGGAGUCCCCCCGAAGCUGACUUUGACUCGUACACCAUCGAGUGCUUGAGAAAGGACUCUCAGAGAAUGGUGUACUCACAGCGCACAGUCAAAGAGAGCACCGUCUAUCUGAUCAAAGAUCUGGAGCCUCAUAAGCAGUACAUUGUCUCUGUCAAAGUCAUCUCUGACAGCAUGACUAGUGAGGCAGUGAUGGAGAAUGUGGUCACAAUGAUUGACCGUCCACCUCUGCCCUCAUCUUGCGUCGAUGAGAAUACAGUUCAGGUUACCAAGUCAACCAUAUUCUUCCAGUUCAACUGCAGCUGGUUCAGUGAUAUCAACGGUGCUGUGAAAUUCUUCACCAUCAUCGUAACUGAAUCUGAUGACAGUGAACACCAGCAGCCAUACCAGCUUCAUCCUCUUCCCUCAUACCUGGACUACAGAUCCAACAGCUCGGUCAAAGCUUAUCAGACCAGCUUCUUCCCCAGCCACUGUGACGAGAGCCAGAACACAGUGCAGGAGUUUGAGAUUUGUCUGGGAUCAGGCAUGGAGAGUCUUGGAGGACGAUGUGAUCAGAAACCAUCAACUGAUGCAUCUCAACGCCAGGCGAUCUUCUGUGAUGGGCAACUGAAACCCAAGACAGCAUACAGACUCAGUGUUCGAGCGUUUACACAACUUUUUGAUGAGAAUCAUGAGGAGUUUCUCUCUCCGCUCUAUACUGAUACAUACCUGUCCAAGCCCUUCAUGACAGAUGCAGAGCCAUUGAGUGGGGUCAUCGAAGGGGUCAGUGCUGGACUCUUCCUCAUUGCCACCAUGGUGGGAUUAAUUGUUCUGCUGAUCUGCAGACAGAAAGUCCACAAAAUGAGUGCACAAGAGCCUGUGGUCAGAAUGAGUUUGAGAAGAGAAAGACAACCCUCAGGAACUCACGUCAUUGUUAGAGGGAACCGUCGUGUCUCAAGUCCCAUCAGCAUCACACAUUUUGAGUCACAUUUAGCUAAACUUCGAGCAGACUCCAACUACCUCCUUUCUGAGGAAUAUGAGGACCUGAAGGAUGUUGGUCGUAACCAACCUCAAGACGCAGCGUUAUUGCCUGAAAACAGAGGCAAAAAUCGCUACAACAAUAUACUGCCUUAUGAUUCUACACGGGUGAAGCUGUCCUAUGUUGAUGAUGACUCCUGCUCAGAUUAUAUUAAUGCCAGCUAUGUUCCUGGCAAUAACUUCAGACGGGAGUAUAUAGCGACUCAGGGUCCUUUGCCCGGCACUAAAGAUGAUUUCUGGAAGAUGGUCUGGGAGCAGAAUGUUCACAACAUAGUUAUGGUGACACAGUGUGUUGAGAAAGGAAGGGUGAAGUGUGACCACUACUGGCCAUUUGAUCAGGAGCCGCUGUACUAUGGGGAUCUGGUCGUUCAGAUGCAGUCAGAAUCUGUGCUGCCCGAGUGGACCAUCCGAGAAUUCAAGAUCUGUAAUGAGGAACAGCUGAGCUAUUCCCGAGUGGUACGUCAGUUUCACUACACUGUGUGGCCGGAUCACGGAGUUCCAGAGAUCACGCAGUCGCUCAUUCAGUUUGUGCGGACUGUGAGAGACUAUAUCAACCGGACGCCCUUCUCUGGAGCCACUGUAGUGCACUGCAGUGCUGGAGUGGGGCGCACCGGAACCUUUAUUGCUCUUGACAGAGUCCUUCAGCAGCUGGACACUAGAGACACGGUGGACAUCUACAGUGCUGUGUUUGAUCUGAGGCUUCAUCGCACACACAUGGUGCAGACAGAGUGCCAGUACUCGUACCUCUACCAGUGCGUGCGAGAUGUGCUCCGUGCAAGAAAACUGCGCAGUGAACAGGAGAACCUUUUGUAUCCCAUCUAUGAAAAUGUGCAUCCGGAUUACCAUCGAGAUGUGGUCUACUCCAAACGCUGAUGUGCAGGUGGAUAAAAAAGUGGCCAAACACUUUAUUGUCAAACACAUAUGUAAAAAUUUAUUUGAAAAUGAAUUUAAGGUAAUAUGCUAUGUGUAUGCCUAGAUGUAACAGAAUUAUAUCAUGUACAUAUAUUAUUCAAUAUUAAUUCAGAGUUUAUGUUAAUUCUUGCAUAAUAUAAUGUGCAACACUAAUUAAAUGUUGUAGCUAAUUUUAUAUUA